GUUGGGGGCUCAGUUCGCGUUGGUCGCCGCCACCGACACGUUGUUGCGGCUCCGGUAUACCGUCACGGGGCUCGGUCGACUGUGCCGUGACCUGUUCAGCUCGGAGUGGCUGGAUUUAUCCGGCAAGGAGUUACCUAAAUGGCUUCGUGGAGGAUGACGCACAGACGACCGUCACUGUCGCCGCUGAAGCUGAAGCGUCGCUCCCCGGCGUCGUGUGUGGUGAAGUCGGUGCUGGCCACCGCCCUGCUGCUGGUGACGCUGUACCAGCUGCUGGCGAUGGAUGUGAUCCGGCUGUCGAGGACGUCAGAGGUGCCCGCGUCGGCUCGUCUGUGGCCGGGCCCGGAGGCGGCGUUCGGGGCGGAGGAUCGCACCAGGAUGUCCACCCUGGGCCGGAUCCUGCUGCUGGGCGAGCCGCGGCCGGCAGCUCGCGGUGUCAACUACACGGUGGCUGUGUGGCGGCACGGCGCGCGCCUGGAGCGGCGCCUGCUGCGCUCCUACGGCUCCGGCGCGGCGCGGCCGCCGCUGCGCGGGUGCGCCGUGCAGAACUGCCGACUGAUCUACACGGAGAACUCGGAGGAGGCGGCUGCCGCUGAUGCGGUGCUGUUCCACCUGCAGCUGACCUCGGAGAGAGCGCUGCCCGGCCGACGGCGGCCGCAGCAGCGCUGGAUCUUCCUCAGUGACGAGAGUCCGCGCCACGCGUUCCUCACGCGCAACAACAUCUCGCACUACAACGGCGUGUUCAACUGGUCGAUGGGCUACCGGUACGACACGGACGUACCGGUGCCGUACGGGCGUACGGCGCCGGGCAGGUCGGAGACGCCGCGACCCGUACACACCAGACUGGCGGCCAUCAUGGGCUCGAACUGCGACGGUAGCGGCCGCUGGCAGCUGGUGAAGGCUCUCCAAAAACUGAUCCCUGUCGACGUGUAUGGUCGCUGCGGAACGCUCAAAUGUGAUGGUCAUUACAAUAAGGACUGCCCGGUCCUCAGCACCUAUAAGUUCUAUCUCGCGCUCGAGAACAGCCACUGUGAUGGCUAUAUCACCGAGAAGGUUUUCUGGCACGCUCUUGGCAAGGGAGCUGUUCCUAUUGUUUGGGGCGCCAAGAGGAAAGAUUACGAAAUGAUAUUGCCGCCGAAAAGUUUCAUAUUUGUUGAAGACUUUGCGUCAGUGGCAGAGCUUGCAGCGCAUCUGAAGUAUUUAAAUGACACACCGUCCGCAUAUGAACGUUAUCACGCGUGGCGAGAUUCCUAUUAUGUUCUGAACGAGCAUGGUUAUUUCGGUUCGCCGAUUCACUAUUAUUGCCGCAUCUGUGAAGCGUUGAAUUAUAAUAGCCAGACUCCAAAGACAAUUUCAAGAAUGGACAAGUUCUGGGGUGUAAAUGAUCAUUGCAUUGUGCCUAAAAAAGAAAAAUAUGUGGCCAGAUGAUCAAAAAUAUCAAGUUUUCAACGUGCGAAGGUGAUGAGGUAGACUACUUUUCGACAGAGUUCUAGCAUCAUUCCUUUUAUGUCGAAUACUUAGGCAUGUGAAUUGUGCAUUGUGCUAAAAAGACAUUUAUAAGGAAGUUAAACGGCUUGGGAUUUUUCUUGUCGGGUCCACUGAGGUCAAAUGCUAUCUACGUUUUUGCUAAUAACCUAGCUCACAAUAUGGCUACAUAUUCAAAUCUUCAAUCUAUCUCCAAAGGUGGUGUCAUUGUAUUCUUUGUUAUCAGCCGAGUCAAAUGGUAUGCCACAUGAUGCAUUUUGAUGAUCUGAUGAGCCCGCAUGAACUUAAUUAAUUAAACUUCAUUUAAUUUUCAGUGAACUUUUAAUUUCACUUAAACUGGUAGCAAAACCAAUUUUUUCGAUUGCAUUGGCGUGCUGAGUUCAUUGGUGCUUUUAUUCUUCCUCUACCUUUUCAAGAUCAAAAGUUGGAAGCGAGAAGACUUUUGAGCGUGUUUUUAGCCAAAUGUUUUUUUUUUACAUUUUUACCCCCUCCCCAAAAAUAACUAAAUAAAUGAUGACCUAGAGUCACCAAUUUCACACAGGGGCGAGCUUUCCUUCCACCUCACCUACCCUUUAACUUUGGUGGUUCUGAGUGCCAUUGGAGCGAAUCGCCAGAGGGGUCGUCCGGCUGUCCGCGUUAUUGAAAAAGGCACCGGCCUGGUGAGGGUUAACCCGCGCCCCGCUGGGGGGGCAGAAUCUGCCCCCCCCCCUCCCGUUUUUCGCCAAUAACUUCUAAACGCCUUACGCCAGCGACGUCAAACUUUCAGUACCUUAUCAUACAUCAAUUUGACACGUUCCCUAAAAAUUUGAGCGAAAUCCGUCGGAAAAUUUUUGAGAAAUUAACGUUUUAGUGACGUCAUGUUCGCCAUUUUCGCCUAAAAAACGGCAAAAUUUCAAACGCCGCUAACUUCUUCAUUUUUAAAGGAAUCAAGACGUAACAAAAAAGGUUAUACGUGAUUCUACUUUGUCUAUCAAAUGGCUAUCUCGGUUUUUUGAAAAUUUUGGAUUUUGGCCAAAAUUUUUCCCAAAAACUGACUUUUUUGGGAAAAUAUUUAUAAAAUCCAAAAUUUUGAGUUUAUCGAAAAAACCGGAAUAUAUGUCAAAGAAGUCGUCUAUGUGCACCUACAUACCAAUUUUUAGAAGAAUCGGUUCAAAAAUGUGGGAGUUAUUCAAAAUUUUAUGACGUCACGACACACAAAAAUUUUGAAAAAUGAUUUUUUGGAAGUUCUAGACCUCGUACGGAAAUAAAAAUAGCAUCAUUCGAUUCGGCGUGAAAAACUGCAUCGGAUAGACACCUUUUUAGGCCUUAACAACCAACUUCAAAAUUUGACCUCACUUGACCUGACCUUGACCUGACCUCGACCUGAAAUUCAUCCAGAGGUGGUCCAUAUCACUUAUUGAGUGUGCCUAUUGAAUUCCAUGAGUAAAAUGACCCAUAAAACAUGUGUGGCACAUGCCCUUUUCUAUAUUUUGUUUUUGGUGACCUGACCUGACCUGACCUGACCUUGACCUUGACCUUUGAAUGACAUUGUGUGCAACGAAUAUUGUCUUGGUAGUCUAAGAACACGUUUUGGGCAAUCAGUCUCAGUCCAUUCUUCGGCAACUACGGUGCAAGGCCGAUACUGUAGAAACUUGCAUUUUGUACCCUUGACCUGACCUUGACCUGACCUCUGACCUACUUAAGCAAAAAAAUUUGGGCUCUUAAGAUCCGCCUUGUUGAGAGCUUUCGAUUGCCGUUUUCCCCGUCUUUCUACGACCAUCGGUUCGGAAGUUAGACAGGGGGGGCAGAAUCUGCCCCCCCCCCCCCCCAGCAGGGCGCGUAUGGCUGAAUAGCCCAGCGGGGCGCGGGUUAAAUGAAAAAGUGUUGCUUGUAAAUUAUUAGCUAUGCUUGUUUGUAUUGCUGAGAUGUUUGUAUUGACUGUGCCUGAUAUGAUAUGAUAUGAUAUGUAUAUGACUGUGCCUAUCAGCCAUGCUUGAUUGCAUUGUUGAGAUGUUUGCAUUGACUGUGCCUUGCAAUGUGCAUACAAGGUUAUUGAAGUUUA